ACUGCCCUGCCUAUCGCCUAUCCUCUGUCCUAGUCGCCCCAGCCCCAAAGCCCCACUGCUUUGGCCCAGGGCCCUUUAAAUCAGGUUAUCGCCCAGGGAUUCAUUGUGGGGCCUAGAGAGAGAGCCUUUGAGAGAAGAGGGUGGAGGAGCGGGAGAGAGAGCUGGAGAGGGAGAGAGAGCAGGAGACAGAGCUAGAGGGAGGGAGAGCGAGAGGGAGAGCGAGAGGGAGAGGGCGCCCGCAGCUGCUCUGGCUGCAGGAAGGAGUGACUGAGGGACAAGACAGUGGACCGAGGGGCCCGCUGGCUUUGCUGCCUGUGCCCUAAGGACCCCAGAUGGGGCUCUGAGCUCCGGGUUUGCCCAGUCCGGCAGAGUCCCCUCCAAAGCCUGCCUCCGUUGGCCUCUGAGGGACGCCCAGAAGUUAGCAUCCCUGGGACUUGGGAGCAGCGAUCUCAACAAACCAUCCUAGCGAUGGCAGGUGACUCUAGGAAUGCUACAGACCAGGACAUGGAGAUCGGAGCCGCUUCCCGGGACCCCAAGAAGAUGCCCAAGCAGGCCCGCGAGUCCGCCCCCAUCGCCACGGACCGCACGCGGCUGCUGGCGGAAGGCAAGAAGCCCCGGCAGGGCUACAUGAGAUACAUGGAGAGGAGCGGUAAGUGCAACGUGCACCACGGCAACGUGAGGGAGACCUACCGCUACCUGAGCGACCUCUUCACCACGCUGGUGGACCUCAAGUGGCGCUUCAACCUGCUGGUCUUCACCAUGGUCUACACUGUCACCUGGCUGUUCUUCGGCUUCAUCUGGUGGCUCAUCGCCUACAUCCGGGGCGACCUGGACCAUGUGGGCGACCAGGAGUGGAUCCCGUGCGUUGAGAACCUCAGCGGCUUCGUGUCUGCGUUCCUCUUCUCCAUUGAGACGGAGACGACCAUCGGGUAUGGGUUCCGGGUCAUCACGGAGAAGUGCCCCGAGGGCAUCGUGCUGCUGCUGGUGCAGGCCACCCUGGGCUCCAUCGUCAACGCCUUCAUGGUGGGCUGCAUGUUCGUGAAGAUCAGCCAGCCCAAGAAGAGGGCAGAGACGCUCAUGUUCUCCCACCACGCAGUCAUCUCCCUGCGGGACGGGAGGCUGUGCCUCAUGUUCCGGGUCGGGGACCUCCGCAGCUCCCACAUCGUGGAGGCGUCCAUCCGCGCCAAGCUCAUCAAGUCCCGGCAGACCGAAGAGGGCGAGUUCAUCCCCCUGAACCAGACGGACAUCAACGUGGGCUUUGACUCGGGCGAUGACCGCCUCUUCCUGGUGUCCCCCCUCAUCAUCUCCCACGAGAUCAACGAGAAGAGUCCUUUCUGGGAGAUGUCUCGGGCCCAGCUGGACCAGGAGGAGUUCGAGGUGGUUGUCAUUCUGGAAGGGAUGGUGGAGGCAACAGGCAUGACCUGCCAAGCACGGAGUUCCUACAUGGACACCGAGGUGCUCUGGGGCCACCGGUUCACGCCAGUGCUCACCUUGGAAAAGGGCUUCUAUGAGGUGGACUACAACACGUUUCACGACACCUACGAGACCAACACACCCAGCUGCUGUGCCAAGGAGCUGGCGGAGAUGAAGCGGGAAGGCCGGCUCCUGCAGUACCCCCCCAGCUCCCCCCUGCUGGGGGGCUAUGCCAAGGUGGGGCAGGACACUGAGGCGGAACAGGAAGAGGAGGGCGAGGACAAGGAGCUGAGUGGGUCCCGGGAGACCAGGGGCUCCAUGUGAGGCCGUGGUCUCCCGGUGACCGCCACUUACUGGGUCUAUGAGCAUGGAUGCUACAGAGCCUGGGGGAGGGGAGGAAAGGGGAACUAGCCCAGAGGGCUGUUUGUGGGCCCUGGAGGCUCCUGAGGGUCCGCAUACCCAGCCCUCAUUCCUCCCAGCUCAGGGCCUCUGGAGCAGGACCC